AUGUUUCCUAGCCCUGUGACGACGACGCCCUUCUCGGUCAAGGAUAUUUUGAACCUGGAACAGCACCAGAACGGCCUGGCCUCCAUGGAACUCUCCUCGCUGUCCUCCCCCUCCUGCAUGCUGGCCACCUUCAAGCAGGAGACGUACAGCGCUGAGCCCCCGGCCCUGCCCGACCUGCGGGAGGAGCU